GCCCGCUUUGUCGUCUCCUUCGUCUCCGUCCACCCCCGUCGUUCCUUUGCGUUUGACUCCACGCCUUCACUCUCGUGCGCUCCUCUUAUCCUUAGCAUCUCUCUCUCUCUCUCUCUCUCUGUUAUAUCUUCGACCUGCUUUUGUCUUGAGACUCUCGACCGUUUUUUAGUGCUGUUAUUUCUCCAUUUCCUUCGUGCUUAAGCGAGAUCUGGGUUGGGGUUUUGUUUGCUCUGGAGCGCGAUGGGUAGUAAAGGUCGAAUCUUUGAGAGGUUCUCUUCUGGUUUCUAGGGUUGUUUGUAUUUGAUUCUUUGAGUUUUUGUGUGAUGGCUGGAGGUAACGAAAUCACCGUCAAUGAGGCCAAGAUGGUGGUUCCGCUGAACACAUGGAUUCUCAUCUCCAAUUUCAAGGUGGCCUACAAUCUCCUCCGCCGACCGGACGGUACGUUCAACCGCCACCUGGCGGAGUUCCUCGACCGGAAAGUCACUGCGAACACAACCCCCGUCGAUGGAGUGUUCUCUUUCGAUGUCAUAGUGGACCGCGCAACUAGCCUCCUCAGCCGAAUAUACCGGCCAGCCCCGGCCGAUGAAGCUCAAACUCAGGCGGGUGUCAUGGAGCUUGAGCGGCCCCUGAGUACAGAGGUCGUCCCCGUCAUAAUUUUCUUCCACGGAGGUAGCUUCGCACACUCGUCCGCCAACAGUGCCAUCUACGACACACUCUGCCGCCGGCUUGUGGGCAUCUGCAACGCCGUUGUGGUGUCCGUCAACUAUCGUCGCUCGCCGGAGAACCGGUAUCCAUGUGCUUAUGAGGAUGGGUGGGCAGCUCUCAAAUGGGUUAACUCCAGGCCUUGGCUUCAGAGCGGGAAGGAGUCCAAAGUUCACAUUUACUUGGCCGGAGACAGUUCAGGGGGCAACAUUGCUCACCACGUCGCACUGAAAGCAGGGGAAUCGGGCAUCCAAGUAAUGGGGAACAUACUACUCAAUCCGAUGUUCGGCGGGCAAGAGAGGACGGAGUCGGAGAAGAGAUUGGAUGGAAAAUACUUCGUGACAAUUCAAGACCGAGACUGGUAUUGGAGAGCUUUUCUUCCUGCAGGGGCGGAUAGAGACCACCCAGCAUGUAAUCCAUUCGGUCCCAACGGCAAGAGCCUCAAAGGGGUGGAGUUCCCGAAGAGUCUGGUGGUGGUGGCCGGUCUGGACCUUGUCCAGGAUUGGCAAUUGGCCUACGUCGAAGGGCUGAAGAAGGCUGGCCAAGAUGUGAAUCUCAUCUAUCUGGAGCAGGCUACCAUUGGCUUCUACUUGCUGCCCAACAACAACCACUUCUAUACAGUCAUGGAGGAGAUUAAACGCUUCGUGAAUUCUAACUGUUAAUACACUUCUUUACCUAUAGACAGACUGGCAGCCAAAGCCAUAGAUGACAGAAUAGAAGCUUAACAUUUCACUCGGGGGUUGUUUUUUUUUUUUUUUCUUUUUCUUCUUCUUCUUCUUCUUCUUCUUCUUCUUCUUCUUCUUCCUUUUCUUUUUCCUUCUCUCGCGUUCGGGGUGUUUGUGUAGUAAGUAAAGUAAUUCCACUUAGUGAUGCAAUGAGGUCUGUAAAGCUCAGUGGUUCAGUCGGAUCAGAACUCUUGCCACUGAACUUGUGUUAUGUGAAGCUUUUAGUAGACUACUAGUUUACUACUAACGGCGGGAGCUUGGUUUGGAAGAUCCACCAAAUUAAAAGUUUACCCCUUCUAACUUCUGGAUCACGAAGAAGGUGAUGACUGGAGUGUGGGGGUAAUGUUUGGUGGGAGCUCGACUGCUGUGGAUGUCUGGCUAAUUUUAGGGGAUAUGAGAAAAAAAAAAAGGAAAAAAGAGAGAGAGAGAGAGAGAGAGAAAUGGAUGGAGAAAGAAACAUCCACUGUACUGUGAAACAUGUAUGUUAUAGUUGUGCUGUAGAAUUAUAUGUUAUUUUGCUUACUUUCUUCUUUGUCUAGGUUUGGCUUUGCAAUGCAAUAGGCUCUGUAGUUUUUACUUGUUUCCAUUCUGUUUCUGGUUUUGGCAAAUGGCAAUGAGCAGAAAAAAACUAGAGAAUUGACUGCA